AUGGAGGAGGAAGAAUACUCGUCCAGCUCCUUAGAAGACACGGAGGAUGAAUUCAGGCCUCAUAAAAAGUAUAGACUGGAAUCCUCUGGUUCCGAAAGCUCAGAUGAUGGGGAAACGAAAAAAAAGAAUAGUGAACACCAAAAAAUGGAGUUUUCCGAAGUAUUGGAAAUAGAUGGCAUUUGGAGGAGCGGUCCGCAUUUUGGGAAUUUUCGUAAAAAAGAGAUGGAAAUAGUUGUCAAAUUGGGUGCAAGGACUUUAACAGAUGCCUCCAAAUUCGUUCUUCCCAAGUUUGAGAAACCCGGCUCGAAAUUUGCUAUGUUCGAUGUGUCCGAUGGAAUAUUCAAUGAUCGUUUGAAAUGGUCACGUAAGGAGAAAGGAAAACCGGUUGUUAAACCAAGAAAACGUACGGUUUCCUUGGCAGGAGAACAGUUCGAUGUGACCAGCUUCUGCUCUCCUCUCUGUUCCUCGUUCAAGAAAUUUGUGGGUUUGAAAGUUAAUUACAGACACAUGAAAAUUUACAGACUCUGCAAAAACCGAACGACAAAACACUACAUGUUGUGUACGUAUCAACGAGUACGCGACAUUUCUACGAUGAUCUUAUGA